UAAAUGCAGGCGGGGCGGAGCGAAGCAGAGCGCCGCCUUUCCGAGAGAGCUGUCUCCUCCUUCUGCUCCUCUUUCGACAUGGCGGUGCCGGCGGAGCUUAGCGGCCUCAGUGAUGAGGCGGCCUAUGCCGCCUGCUCGGAGCCGGACGCCAGUACGAAGGAUUUUUUAUUCCAGCAAACAAUGUUAAGAGUAAAGGAUCCUAAGAAGUCACUAGAUUUUUAUACAAGAAUUCUCGGAAUGACACUGCUUCAAAAAUUUGACUUUCCUACUAUGAAAUUCUCACUCUAUUUCCUGGGAUACGAAGAUAAAAAUGAUAUUCCAAAAGACAAAACUGCGAGAACAGCUUGGACCUUCUCUAGAAAAGCUACACUUGAAUUGACACACAACUGGGGUACUGAAAAUGAUGAAAAUCAGUCUUACCACAAUGGAAAUUCAGAUCCCCGUGGAUUCGGACACAUUGGAAUUGCUGUACCUGAUGUCAAUAAAGCUUGUAAGAGGUUUGAAGAACUAGGAGUGAAAUUUGUGAAGAAACCAGAUGAUGGUAAGUCUUGAUUAGAAAUACAAGUAAAAUGAAAGGACUUGCAUUUGUUCAGGAUCCUGAUGGCUACUGGAUUGAAAUUUUGAAUCCCAAUCACAUGGUGACUCUCACUUAGUUCUAAUGAAGUAUAUAUGAGACUCUCACUUUCAGUCCCCUGGAGAAAAUCUGUAGCAGUGUUUAUGAAAAUCUCAGUUAAUGGAUAGGAAUCAGUUGUGUUCAGAAUCUCUUAAAACUAUCCCCUGGGACCUUGCUGUACUUGGAUUCUUUUAUUCCUGUCCUGUGAUGCCACUUCAGUUUGUUCUCAAUUAUGAAUACUCAACCAUUUUUUUAGAAAAGCUGUUACAAAGAUUUGCUUCUUGAAUAUUGAU